AUGGCUGGUACUUAUGAUACUGAAGAGCAGAGAAUUAUUGAUAGAAUCAAAUGCAUUGCUUUUCGUGAAGCUAGAGAUGUUGGUGCAACAUUUAUUAAUCGCCAUUGGGUUGCGAACAAAGUUCAUCGUUCGGUUCAAUUUGUCACAGACUGGUGGGAAAAACCAUAUGACCAAUGUUUUGCUGAUUAUCCAAAUGCCGGUCGAAAGCUGAAAUUAUCGCAAGCAAGUCAAGACAUCAUUCUUAAAGCCAGUGAUCGACAAAGAAAAAGUUGUUCCAUUGUGGCGUUACAUUGGGUGAUUAAAGAUAAAGGUGAAUCUUGGACUGGUCAAUAUUUUCGUGAUAUAAUUUUGACUGAACACGUCUUUCCAUUCUUAAAAAAUGAAGAAAAUGUUAUUGAUCCCGAUGAAGUUAUAUUUAUCCAUGACAAAGCACCAUGUAUGCGAGCAUAUCAGAUCCAACAUUUUCUUCAAGACAAUGAUGUUAAAUUUUGGGGUAAUGAUAUUUGGCCAGGAAAUUCACCCGAUCUCAAUGUGCCAGAACAUAUUGGAACAAUAAUCAAGGAUGAAGUUGAAAAAAAGAUGUUAUCAGAACCUCGACAUUCUCGUUAUGUUGAAGAAACACUGAAAAUACACAUUUUAGAUGUUUUGAAAAACAUGGAAACCGACACUGAUUUAUUUGAAACUCUCUUAUGUUCGUAUCCAUCUCGACUACGUGCAGUAAAGAACGCUAAUGGUCGUCACACUGACUAUUGA